AUGUCACAAUUAGACCCUCUACCAACGGAUCUUCCCUUCCGAAUCGUCUCCAAGACCGUGGGUCGAGGAGCAUAUGCCUCCAUCAAGAAAGCAAUUCCCCUCGACGCCCCAACACCAAUUUUUGCUGUAAAGCUCAUUCACAAGGGCUAUGCUGUUAAACAUGGUCGAAUUUCUACCAAGCAGUUGGCCAUGGAGGUCUCACUGCAUUCACACAUUGGCCAGCAUCCCAACAUUAUCGAGUGGUUCGCUUCAGGAGAAGAUGACAUAUGGCGAUGGAUUGCCAUGGAGUACGCGGAAGGCGGAGACUUAUUCGACAAGAUUGAGGCUGAUGUCGGUGUCCGUGAGAAUAUUGCUCAAGUUUACUUUGUUCAACUCAUCAGCGGCGUGAGCUUCAUGCACUCCAAGGGCGUGGCACAUCGUGAUCUCAAGCCUGAGAACAUUCUCCUCUCCCAAGAUGGAUCUUUAAAACUCGCAGACUUUGGUAUGGCCACAAUGUUUGAGUACAAGGGUCAGCGAAAGUUAAGCUCAACACUAUGUGGUAGCCCACCUUAUAUCGCCCCUGAAAUCCUUGCUUGUGGGCGUGCAGACAAGAAGUUACCCAACGCUGCCAAGUACUCACCAGAUCUGGUCGAUGUUUGGUCUUGCGGUGUUAUUCUAUUCGUCCUUCUUGUCGGCAACACACCAUGGGAUGAGCCCUCACAAAGCAGCUGGGAGUUCCAGGAAUACGUACGAACAUCUGGUCGCAGUACGGAUGCCUUAUGGGGGAGAGUCCCAGCAGAAGCACUGUCUCUCCUACGGGGGAUGAUGAGCAUUGAUUCAUCAAAACGCUUCAACUUUACUCAAGUGCGCCAGCAUCCUUGGUACACAAGACACAAUGCCCUCCUCAACUCGGACGGCCGAGUCACAGAUCCCAUCAACUUGGCGACACAGAUGCUGGAGAAUCUCCGCAUCGACUUCAACCACCACCCAACAUCACAACCUUCUUCCAGCGACAAUAUGGACAUAGAUACUGGACUGAAUGUCGGGAAAUUCUCCUCUACUCAGCCAGAGACACCAAUCGCUGAUAAGGACUGGGAUUGGGAGCGUCCUCCACUUCGCUCUAUGGCCUCGCCAGCCUCGUCACUCCCACAUACUCACGAUGCAAGCCGAGCAAUGCUCGAUACACUCGCCGACGAGCCAUCCAUGUCUCAAUUCUCUCAGACUCCUGGUCCUUCUAUGACCCUCACCCAGCAAGCUCGCCGUUUCCGCGACAUUUGUCCCCCAGAAUCACUUACUCGCUUCUUCUCGGCUGUGCCUCCGGCCCACAUCAUCCAGAUGAUAAACGAUGCUCUCCACCAUCUGAACGUCCCCACGACGCAUAUUUCGCCUAAUCCACAUGGCAACCCUGUCGCUAAGAUAAAGGUCAAAGCACUCGACGGUCGUCAACAAAGUUUGCACGGCGAGAUUCAAGUGGAUCGCCAGCCUCUGCCGGAUGGUACGGAGGUCCUUGACAUUCGCUUCGUCAAGGUCAAGGGUGAUCCUCUUGAAUGGCGACGAUUCUUCAAGAAGGUGGUUGUUUUGUGUAAGGAUGGUGUAUACGUCCCGGAGUCUUAG